AUGGAACUUUCUGCUGAGGGAGUAACUCCAGAAUACAUGGCGUUGGCUGCCAUCAAAUUCAAACUUUCUUUACCUCAAUUAAAAGAAAAUCCACAACUUAAGGAACAGUUAUUACAAGGAAUAAAGGCUAAUAACAUGGCUCCAUAUUAUAAAGAAGUUUGUGCAGAUCUUGGGUGGCCAUUUGAUCAAAAGUUAUAUGAUGAAAUGGCAAAAGAAAACCAAGAAAAACUUUCAAAGUUUCAAGAGGACGAUUCAGAAACUCCUGUUUGGCAGGACCGUUUGGAUUAUUUAUGCUCUAUUGGUGAUAAAGAAGCAGCAACUGCACUUGCCACUACCAAAUAUGAGGAUUCAACCUUAACAACGAAUAGACGACUUGAUGCCAUAUUUGCUUUGUUUAGAAUUGCCUACUUCCACGGAUGUAAUGUGAAGGAUAUGGGGAAAGCAGUAACAAAGGCGCAUGAGCUUGUUGACAAAGGUGGUGAUUGGCGUUCAAGAAAUAAACUAAAAGCAUAUGAAGCUAUCUACUGUCUCGCAGUUCGAGACUACAGCCGUGCAGCUGACCUGUUCAUUGACUGUGUAUCAACAUUUGAAUCAUAUGAGCUUGUUGAUUUUGGUACGAUAAUCCAGUACUGUGUCUUGGCUUGUGCUCUAGCACUUGAGCGACAUGCUUUACAAGCGGCGCUUCGCAGACAGGGCGCCGCUGUGCAGGCUCUACGCUCUCGAUUCCCAGAACUAAGAGAGCUUGUAGAAUCUCUGCAUGAAUGCAGAUAUGCAGACUUCAUGAAGAGUCUGGCUUGGGUGGAGACACAAAUCUGUGUGGACCCAGUAUUUCGUCCCCACUAUCAGCAUUAUGUACGUGAAGCACGCAUCAAGGCUUAUGUACAACUUCUGCGCGCCUACCGCUCUCUCAGUCUUGACAAUAUAGCUGAUACAUUUGGUGUUACCAGAGAGUUUGUUGAAGAGGAGAUAUCUACUUUCACAGCAGCUGGUCGUCUCCAAUGUCGUAUAGACGCAGUGGCUGGGUGUGUGGUGACGGGUGCUGGGCGUGGUGCUGACGCCGACCGUUCCCAGCUCUACCAAGCUACCAUCCGAGAGGGUGACCUUCUACUUAACCGGGUCAAGAAACUAGCUAGCGUCAUUAACUUCUGA